AUGUGGCGAGGCAAUGGAACGACGGCGAAUGUUGGCAUAGCCAUAUGUGGUAAUAAUGGAAGUACAGGUAACGUGCCUCUUACCGACCCUCAGCUUGAACGAUUCUUCUUUUCUCGAGGAAGCAUCAACAAUUUCACGCUCUGCCUAAGAGAGACAAUUGGCUGUUUAAAUAAGAUUCGCAUCUGGCACGAUAAUAGUGGAAGACGUCCGUCUUGGUUUCUCAUGCAGGUUGUCGUCACAGAUCUCGCCACAGGUGAAAAGGCGCAUUUUGUUGCUAACAGGUAUUUGAUGUAAAAUUGCUUCUACACGGAUCACAAGAUAAUUUUGUCAUUCAGUAGUCAAGAAUCGGGAAUCCUGAAGCGUCUGAAUACUGCCUUUUAGUUUAAUUCUCGAGCUUUGAAGGGCUGACGUCACAAUGUGUGGCUGAUAGAAAUGUGGCCAUUCAACAAACUGCAUAGGGAUAGGAUGAUACAGAUUAACAAUUUGGUAUGGGUACAACAGAAAUACGUGUGAUUCCAUUGGGUAUAUGUGAUAUGUAUCUCAUUGACAGGAUUGAAAAUAUUUACCCUCGUUUAUAUCGGUUGGAUACUGGUGGUCCCAAAUGGUCUAUUGCCACCAAUGGUGCAAUUGGUACCAAUAGAAAAGGAUGUGGAUCCAUUAAUUGUAUUCUUGAAAUGCACCUCAUUAAGGGCACUUGGUAUAAUUCCUCAUGUUUCUCGGAUGGGUACGGGGGGAUUUCAUCUGCCCAUUGCUACCAAUGAUAUAAUUGGUCUUGACGUUUUUUGUGAUCGUUAUUGUUCUGGGCGUACUGCUCAUAGAAUGAGAAACAUUCAUGCGAUGCCUCUUGCUCCAACGUAACGCUUAAAGCACCAAUGGUACAAUUGGUGUGGGUGUUUUUGAAGAAUUGUAUCCGUACGUGUUUGAGACAGGUGUGGUACAGAGAGCCUUGACUCAUUUAAAAAAAUCUUUCUAUACAUCUCCAGAGCCCCAAUUGCUCAACAAAGGCGUCCCACCAAGAACGUUCUCUCAUCCAGAACCUUUUUAUUUUUUAUACUGAUCUUGGUUGAGAAAAGUACGUGAUGUCUUCAGGCAUAAUCAGCUUGAAAAAAAUAAGUGAAAUGAAUUGGAGCUAUUUAGUAUCGAAAACAAGAAACUAGGUAGCAGGCAUAAAAAGGUAAUUAGUUUGUUCGCCGGGAAGAAUUAAGUCAUUGGGCUGGGGAUUACAAUGUACAUUAAGAAGAAGUUUCCCAACAACUUCCUCUUUUAAAUCAUGCCUUGACUGGACUCAUUUCAACCAAGUUCCUUACUUUUGCUUGGUUGUACUCUGUUACGAAUACUUCCUGAUCAGUGUGUUAAAAGUGUCAUAAAAAACGGUAACACUGCUCCUUCGAAGUCAAUGCACACUGUCCGUUUGGGAGGGUUGAAAAUUUCUCCAGAUUAACAUUAACGUCCUCCGUNUUUCCCAACAACUUCCUCUUUUAAAUCAUGCCUUGACUGGACUCAUUUCAACCAAGUUCCUUACUUUUGCUUGGUUGUACUCUGUUACGAAUACUUCCUGAUCAGUGUGUUAAAAGUGUCAUAAAAAACGGUAACACUGCUCCUUCGAAGUCAAUGCACACUGUCCGUUUGGGAGGGUUGAAAAUUUCUCCAGAUUAACAUUAACGUCCUCCGUCUUCCUUUCCUUAUCUUCUAGGUGGAUUGCAGUAGAGAAGGAGGACGGAAACUUAGAACUAGAGCUACCAGUAGCAGGCAAAAAGGAGUUGUCAGGAUUUAAGAACUUAUUCUACUCCAGAACAGCAACUAGUCUAGGGGAUCGCCAUCUUUGGUUGUCAGUUUUUACUAGGCCACCCCAUAAUCCUUUUACAAGAGCUCAGAGACUAGCAUGUUGUGUCUCAAUCUUAUUUGCAGCAAUGGUGACCAAUGCCAUGUUUUACAAUUUCGGAACCCCACCUGGUGACGCGGUACAGAUAGGACCGCUUAAGGUCAGCCUGACGCAAAUAAAAAUUGGAAUCCAGAGCAGCCUAGUCGCUAUUCCGGUUAACGUUUUGGUUGUUUCAAUCUUCAGAAACUUAAAACCGCGAGAAUCGCGGGAAGAUGAAGGGAUAAAAAGCAAGGGAUGCUUGCCACAUUGGUUUGUGUUUGUUGCUUGGUUUAUCUGCACUAUGGCUUCUUUGACCGCGGCAGCAUUUAUUGUGUUUUACAGUAUGAUGUGGGGAGCAGAGACCUCGAAUGAAUGGCUUGUUUCUGUUAUGGUGUCCUUCUUCCAAGACGUGAUUGUGAUGCAGCCAAUGAAAGUCCUUGUGGUAGCUUCAAUCUUAUCCUUAUUAAUCAAAAAACCACCGGAGCAGGAAAAAGUCCUGGGGGAGUCUAUAUCAGGGAAACAAACAGGAGGUGUCGUGAUUCUCGAUCAAAAAGAGCGGGAGAGAGCUCGCAAAUUUAGGAGUAGUCUUGUUCAAUUGGGUCGCAAGGUGGUGGAAUUUGUACUUUUUGGCUCAUUUAUUUUUCUCAUGAUGGUGGUUUGCUAUAGCAACCGAGGAGUGGCAAGAUUUACACUCACCCAAUCUAUGGACAAUUUGUUUCAUUCUUUUACAAAGGUAAGAUGUACUUAAAGUGUUUUUCUGUAGCUACUGGAUUUUAAUUUCUUUAGGUUGCUACUGACUCGAAAAAUCCGAUAUUUUUAUGACUUUGUGGGACAUACCCUAGCUGUCUGAGAAAGAAAACUGGGUUGGUCAAAAUUUGAUUGGUUGGUUAAUCAAACGUUUUUCUGAUAGAUUUUUUACCUUGCUAUGGGAGUCCUGGAGGUGCAUUCAUUAUAACAGUGAUGGGGAGAGUCAAUGAGGCCAAAUUCUUAUAUCCCCAAGGAGUUAAAAUCAGACAUAGGAAAAAUCGAACAGCCCAAAAAGUCCUGUAAUAAACAAACUACUACAAUUGACAUAAAAAUGGCAACACUUUUGCUACUCAAUGAUUAACCCUCAACCAAGGCUGCAUCACGGUCUUUUAUUUAAAAAAAAAGUAACCCCAAAUUCUGGACUUAUUAAUGACCUGGUAUCGGAAAUUUCAAGCGCAAGAAAGGGCUCCGAAACUCCUAGUCACCGUUCUACCCACCGCGAGGUUUACCUGGGGCCUUUCUUCUCUGUUUCCUCCCAUAUGUCUAAUAUAUAGAUUUAGCCAAGGCUAAAGGCAAAGCUCUCGUGGAAGCUUUUAAGAAAUACCUGUCGAGAGUAAAGUGUUCUGAGCAUGCGAUCACUAACAUUCCGUAACUAUUCAGCGCGAAACUUUUAAAAACACUCCAUGUCUAAUGUCAAUGGGUUGUAAACAUGAGCCCGCAAUACAGUCUUAAUACUGGUCAGCCGAUACACUGUUUUGACAGCUGUCAAUUGAUCAUAAGAUGCAUGGACGUCUAAUAUCAAGUAAAACACAAUUUGAAUAUGCCUUAGACUUUUUAGCUAGUAUUAAAUAUGACAUUUUGUCAGAGCCCAAAUUUCUUGGAUGCAUAGAUAACCAAAUUUUAUGACCCUUGUUGCACCACUGCGAGCGAGAGAGCUGCACUAUAACUAAUUCCUCUUUUUUGUUCAUGAAACAAGGUUUGCCAACAUACACAUCUGUCACAAUAUACAAUAAACAUGAUCUGGCAUGUUGGCUGUCAUUACCACUUGGUUUUUUUGGUCUACAAAUAAUAAUCGUCUUAGAUUCCCACUUUUUCCCACAUAUUUCAAAUAGGUCUGUUUUACCUUGUAGGUGAAAAAUAUUUCUUCGUUUUGGAAAUGGUCAAAGAAAAUUCUGAUACCCAGACUAUACGAUGCUGACUGGUACAAUGGUCAAGCAUUCAAGUACGAGGAAGGGUUUCUCAGUAAUCGGGCAGCGUUCUUAGUAGGAAUGCCAAGAAUACGACAGUUAAGAAUCAAAACGGGUAAGUGAAUGACGUCACUCCAUUAAGUAGCUCUUGCUUCAUUAAAUUUGGUAUUUUCAUACUUGUCUCGACCGAAGAAAUAGUGACGAAAGAAGUUCAGUCAAGGCUUUUGUCUCUUCUGAUUUCGCAUGUCAUUGUUAUAAUUGGAGUUGAUGGGGUUCGGGUUAGCCUGUUAUGCCAACUGUGGUGGUAAAGGCGGCACAGAAAAUAGAAGAAAAAGUAACGAGCUACUCGGUUUCUCUCGCCCUCAGCUUUCACUAUUUCUCUUUUCGCACUUGGUUUUAUUUUAUCUUGGGACAACCAACUGAAGCCCUUGAACGGUCUAAUUAGGAAGAAACGUAAGGUUUUAAAACAGGUCACAAGGGGUUAUGGCGGUAGGAAUAUGUACAACCUGCAUUGAUAUUUCUCUCUUCAUAUAUUCAGUGCCCUGAAGCAGGAAAAUUAAUGCCUGACAUAACAUACAUUGACAGCAAUUCCUUAGGUACAGUUUUCAAAUUGUCGUUGGUGGAAAGAUCUGUAUAUUGUAACUGUUCAUCCAUAGGGCGCCAAAAAUGUGUGCAAUUCAGCAGUUGGUUCCGGAUUCAUUAGUCGCUCACCAGCUGUACAACAGUCUGGGAACAACAACCCACAAUGUGAACAGCUUAAAGACAAGACAUAGUAGUAAGGAAGACAAUGCAAAAUUAAGGCUAAAGAAGACUUUUUGAGAGGGCUUACUUAAAAGUGAUGGUGACGUUGGUGUGAUGUCUAACGAUCUUACCGACGAAAAUUAAUGUAGAUGUAGAUGUGUCUAAAGACACGUCAGAUACAUCGUCGCUUAAACUCCUUUAUCGUUAUUUCUAUCCACAGAAGAAAGUUGCACGAUUGCAAAGAAUGAACCAGAUUUAGCAAGGAAGUUCCCCAAAUGUCUUCCGUUUUAUACAAGUGAAGUGGAGAGUACAUCACCAUAUAACAAACCAGGGUGGGAAACAAUUCAAAACUCCACCAUCUUCUUCUCCAGCUUUGAGCUUGAACGUGAGUGUCCAAGGCCUUGGAGAUACCAAACAAGGGAAAGUCUUCAAAUUAGACCAUUCAAGGGUGUCAUGGCCAUGUUUGAUGGUGGAGGAUACGUUGCGGAGCUUGGAUACAAUUCCCUUUCAGCAAUAAAUGUUAUCAAAGUAUUAGAAGAGAACAGAUGGAUAGACAGCCGAACAGCGGCCGUUUUCGUCGAGUUCACAGUUUUUGAGCCGUCAAGCUCACUUUUUUCUGCGAUAAAACUUCUGUUUGAGCGAUCACCUACCGGUGGAUCACAAGCAUUGGUAAAUAUCAAGACCCUCUCACUAUACGCUUCACCAGAUCCAAACUCUAGAUCACUUUUCCAGAUUUGUCAGCUCCUGUUGAUGAUUAUUCUCAUCGUAUUUAUAUUUGCCGAGUUUGGAAAGUUUCGUCGAGAGAAAUGCUCUUACUUCACGGGGCUUUGGAACUGGUUAGAGCUUUUUCAAAUUUCCAGCACUAUUUGUGCUCUUGUCUUUUUCUUCUUAAAGGAAUCACAAACAAGCCAGUUUGUGAAAAAAAUUCAGGAAAAUCCCUUCAAGACUUCAAGCACCGACAACAUUGAGUUUAUGUCCGAUUUAGAAACCUAUCUCCUCUCCCUCGUGAUUUUCAUUGUCACGAUCAAGUUUCUUCGACUCAUUAAAUUCAACCGCCACGUUUGCCAGGUGAUAGGGACAAUGCAACGAGUAGCAACGAAGGUUUUCUCCUUCAUGACAGUUUUUGUUAUAAUCAUGCUAGCUUACACCCAAGUUGGUUUUGUUGUGUUUUCGUCAGAAGUCAAAGCUUACAGCUCCUUCUAUAGCUCCCUACUAGCGAUGUUGCUCCUUUUAUUUGGAGGUGAAAUGCAUUUCCAAGAGCUGCAGUCGACGAGUAGAUACAUCACGCCGGUGUUCCUAUUUGGUUAUCUGUCUUCCAUGGCGAUGGUUCUUUUGAACAUGUUCCUUGCUAUCUUGAAUGACUCCUAUAAAGAAGUCAAGAACAUUGACCCGGGAGAGGUCUUUGCUGAUGCCGGACUUGGACAAUUUAUUAUGGACUACGUCAGUCAAAAGAUACAAAAGCUCAAGGAUGAUACCUUAGAAUUGGUGGAAUAUAUGGUGUAUAGCUUGAUAAGAUUCUUUCAGAAAGACGAACAAAAUAGGCACGACAGUGACCUGGAAGACGCAAAGCUGGAACCUUUAGAGGACAACGAUGGAGUUGAUAACGAAAGCGAAGGGUAUCCUUUAUUAAAAGCUACAUCCCUGAGCAUAGUAGAUAACGUUGAGAACAUGUCACUUGGUCACCUCAAACAGGACAUUAUGCGGAUUGGUAAAGAGAUGCGUCAGUCCUUGACAUCCCUCCAAUCUAACACUGACAGAAAAUAUAUGCGUAAUCAGUCGGCGCCACAUAACGAAAGAAGCGCCUCUCAAUGGCUUGAAUAUGAUAUAGGUAGUAACCAAAGGCACUCUUCGUAUUUUUCUGCCAGUGGAAGUUACCUGGAGGAUAUUUGGCGAAAAGACCGCGAAAACCAUCUUCAAGACGCCAAGGUAAGAAAUUACCAUGAUAGUGAAGAUGGACAAACUUCCAAGAGCUAUGAC